AUGAAAGUUCUGCUCACAUUUCUGAUGUGUCUUCUCCCCCCAGGUCUCCUCCUGUGUAUGAUGAUCAUAUCGGUGUCAUCAGGAACGGUGUAUAUACAGAGCGGAUCAGACAUCACUGACUGUAAUAUGAAGUGUCCUCAGGAUGAUGAAGAAGUGACUAAGGAGCUGUACAGACAAUGCAGAGGGGAGGAUAGGACAUUGCUGGAAAGUCACUGUUAUUAUAACUUCACAAAAUCACAUGACUCCAGACUCCAACUGCACACAGGGAGCGGCUGCUGGAAGCUGACACAGGCCAGGAAGGACGACUCCUGUGUAUAUAAUGUCUGGUGUCACUGUGAUCCGGGAUAUCUGAUGUCCUCUACAGAGAUCCGUGUUCUGGAUCCGGUUCUCAUCUCCAGUAUAACCAGUACCGGGGGCCGGCUGGGUGAGGAGACGGCGGUGAGCGUCCAGUUCUCUGGAGAAGAGAGCGCUGUGACCUGGGAGGUGGACGGGGAGCCUCUCCCUGAAAGAUACCGGCUGAUAGAUGACAAUAGGACUCUGAUUAUCCCCGGUGUGCGGAGAGACGACGCCGAGAGGAGAUUCCGGGUCAGGAUCACAAAUCCGGUCAGUGAGGAGAUCCGGGAAUACCGGCUGGAGAUCAGAGGUGAGAGGGGCAAUUACUGGGGGAAUAGAGGAGGGUGUCAUUCUUCCCUGGGACUUGCACUAUAUACUAUAUAUAUGUGUGUAUAA